UGAAGUCGGUUAAAAAGAAGGAGGUUUAUAUUUUUUAUAUGUACCGAUUUUGGCGAUUCUUUUUGAAACCGAAAGCUGGUUAUCAUGUGGUCACAUUUAAAUUAGAUUGAGAUUUGACUAGUAUAUAUUCUACGAGUGUUUUAUAAUAAUGCGUGGCUUGUAGCCUGCUUUACCUAGAUGACAUCAUAUAUCCAGAUUGAGAAAUAAUUCUGAGUCUCGUGAACAAGACUUUCGUAGUAAUGUCGAAAUAUCGAGAUCCGCAAAAUGAAAAUAAUAAACAUGUGUGCAGUAUUAGCUUCAACAAUGUACGAGUUAAAAGACAAAGUCGUUUUCAUAACCGGGGGUCAAAUGGUAUUGGCGCUAAAGUCAUUGAAUUUUUAUUAGAAGAAAAUGUUAAGUAUGUUGCAAACCUGGACAUUGCCGAGAAUCAAGGUAUUGAAUUACAAAAUAAAUUAAAUGAAAAGUAUGGAGCGGAAAAAGUUAAAUUCAUAAAAGGAGAUGUGACAAAUGAUGAUGACUUACACGCAGCGUAUGAUAUAAUACUCAAAGAACAUGGACGUCCUGACGUAGUUAUAAAUAACGCUGCCCUCAUGAACGACAAAAGAGAGAUUUAUAAAAAGGAAAUUGAAAUCAAUGUGACUGCAUUAAUAACAAAUACGAUCAAAGCCAUGGAUGUGAUGAGGAAAGACGAAGGUGGUAAUGGAGGUGUUAUUAUGAAUAUAUCGUCAGUGGCUGCUUUUCUUCAAGACAGUCCUUAUCCUAUCUACUUUGCUACUAAGAGUGCAGUAUUGCAGUUUAGCAACUGCGUUGGGCUGCCCGACUACUAUGACCGAUCUGGAGUACGCGUACUGACAAUGUGUUUUGGUGCCACUGACACUACACUUCUAAAGAAAGAAAAUUUAGGAACUUUUGACAAAAGGAUCGAGGAAAUUAUGAUGGAUUCCUUAAAUUCCUAUCCGUACCAAAAGAUUGAGUCAGCAGCUCGCGGUCUAAUAGAUGCCUUAAAACAGGGAGAAAGUGGAAGCACAUGGUUGUCGAUUGCUGAUAAACCUGUAAUGAAUGUCACUGAAACUGUCCAGAAAGCCUAUGGUCUUUUAACUAACCUAGUAAUGGAAGGCGAGAAAAGAUAGACUUUUUAUUUCGAAAAUUUAUAAAGCGCCUGAUCAAAAAUCAAAUCAAAUAUUUAAU